AUGGCGAUCGCUUACGAAGCCAGCCCUACUAACUUUACGAUUCCUACCGUGGAUAUCUCUCCCUACCUGGCUGACCAGCAUUCCGUAGAGGCAGAACAAGUGAUCGAGCAAAUUCGCGCUGCGUGUGCCACAAGUGGUUUCUUCCAAAUAACCGGUCAUGGCAUCCCGCAAGCCUUGCAGGAUGAGAUCUUCGCCGCAGCAAAGGCAUUCUUCGCGCUACCAGAGGAGGAGAAACGUAAACUUGCCGGUGUGCCGGGACGAGGGUAUGAGAUAAUUGGUUCUCAAGUCCUCGAACCCGGUAAGAAGCCUGAUCUGAAGGAGGGAUUCAUGAUAGGCCGAGAGAUUCCUGGCAACAAACCCCCGUUUCGACCAUUCCAGCACGCAAAUAUAUGGCCUGAAGCGAGUCAGAUCCCUGACGCUAAAUUCAAGACGCCUCUUCUCGAAUAUCAGCAAGCACUCUCAGACUUAUCCGUCCAGUUGAUGCACAUAUUGGCCAGGGGUCUGCGAGGGUUUGACACAGCGGUCUUCGAGGAGUACUGCAAAGACCCCAUUGCGAACGUAAGACUGUUGCACUAUCCACCGCAUCCGCAAAUGGAGGAUCCAAGUUUAGUGGGCGCUGGAGCACACACGGAUUUCGGUGCCAUUACGCUUCUGCUUCAGGAUGGGCAUUCUGGUCUCCAAGUGCUGAACCAGCACACCAAUCAGUUCGUCGACGUACCACCGCAAGAGCAUGCGUACGUUGUGAAUAUUGGUGACAUGCUGGAAACGUGGACAAGUGGGCAGUACAAAUCCAAUAUACACCGAGUAAUAAAUACAAGCGGCACGGACAGGUAUAGUGUGCCCUUUUUCUAUGAUGGAGCCCCAGAUUGUGUGAUCAAGCCGCUGGAUGGAUCGAAAGGGAAGGAAUUCACAGUCGUGGAGCACAUGCUCGCAAGAUACAAGGCAACUUACGGGUGA